CACGAAUCUCCCUUUCCCCUUUACACCAAUUUUUACCCAUCUCUUCCCCACCUUAGUUUUGAUUGAAGCUCCCAUUCAGGUGCCCAUGAUGUCCUUGUCUUCUUCUUGGCCUGAUCCUCGCAUUUUUUCGGCUCCCAUUGUCUUAAUUCUCAUUUGUUUAUCGUUCGUGGGCGCUGACGAUGCCAAGGGGAACGUUGGGGAGGCCCCCAAGUCUCCCUCAUGCAACAAUUCCUUCGAAUUGGUCAAGGUCAAGAACUGGGUUGGGGGUGCUGAAGGCAAAACUUUGGUUGGGAUGAAUGCAAAAUUUGGGGCUCUAGUGCCUUCUCAUGCUGAAAAAGCCAUCAGAUUGCCUGCAGUUUUUGCAAAUCCCUCCAACUGCUGUUCCAGUUCAUCUUCAAAGCUCUCUGGAUUUAUUGUCUUGUCCAUACGUGGUGAAUGUGACUUCAUGCAAAAGGCGAAAGUUGCACAAUCGGGAGGUGCUGCGGCCUUGGUGGUUAUGAAUGACAAAGAAGGUCUUUCUGAGAUGGAUUGUUCUGACAGUGACGCUGCUUUAAAUAUAUCGAUUCCUGUGAUAAUGAUUUCAAAGUCAGGAGGAGAAGCUCUUAACAAGUCUAUGGGUGAUGGACUGAAAGUGGAACUUUUAUUAUAUGCUCCAAAACGUCCAGUUGUUGACUUCUCAGUGGCAUUUUUAUGGAUGAUGGCUGUCGUAACAAUUUUAUGUGCUUCAUGUUGGUCCCAGAUAACUGCUCCUCAGCAGGCUAAUGAGCGCUAUAAUGAACUAUCUCCAAAGAACUUUUCCAAAGCUGAGACACUCAAUGAUGAUUCUGAGAAUGAAGUCCUUAAUAUUAGUGCCAAGGGUGCUAUAUUUUUCAUCAUAACAGCAUCGGCAUUUCUGGUGCUACUAUAUUUUUUUAUGUCGUCCUGGUUUGUGUGGGUGCUGAUUGUACUUUUCUGCAUUGGUGGUGUUGAGGGAAUGCAUGCUUGUAUAGUUAGCCUGGUGUUAAGAAAAGGAAGAAACUGUGGGCAUAAGACAGUAAAUUUGCCUUGUUUUGGGGAGGUUUCAAUUUUCUCACUUGUGGUGCUACUUUUCUGUGUGGCAUUUGCAAUUUUCUGGGCUACUACUCGGAAGGCAUCAUAUUCAUGGUUUGGUCAAGAUGUUCUUGGUAUCUGCUUGAUCAUAACAGUCUUGCAGAUGGCUCGAUUACCUAACAUCAAGGUUGCUACCAUACUUCUUUGUUGUGCAUUUUUUUAUGACAUCUUUUGGGUGUUCAUAUCUCAAGUGAUCUUCAAUCAGAGUGUUAUGGUUUCGGUUGCUCGAGGUGACAACAGUGGUGGAGAAUCCAUUCCCAUGCUUUUGAGAGUCCCUCGCCUUUUUGACCCCUGGGGUGGUUAUGAUAUGAUUGGCUUCGGGGACAUUAUAUUUCCUGGUUUGCUGCUAUCAUUUUCUUUCAGAUAUGACAAAGCGAAUAAGAAGGGAAUAUUGAAUGGAUAUUUUCUUUGGCUGAUGAUUGGCUAUGGAUUUGGCCUUAUAUUUACAUAUGUGGGCUUAUAUCUAAUGGAUGGGCAUGGCCAGCCUGCACUCCUGUAUCUUGUUCCAUGUACACUAGGUCUUGUUUUUAUUCUGGGUUUUGUGAGAGGUGAGCUGCCGCACCUUUGGAAUUAUACGACGGAGGAGGAGCCAGCAUCAUCGUCUAGGGAACAAUCUGUACAUGCUUGAAACAUUAGAUCGACCUGUAUCUUCCACAACGAGAUGAGCUGAAAUUGCACCAAUCUCCCUAAGCAUAAAGUGUAGAGAUGGACUUCCAUGUUAUCUCACUCAACAAGGAUUAUAGCUCAGUCUUCUGUGAAGAACACAGCAAGAGCAGCAUGGCUCUGUACAUAUCAGAGGUAAUUCAUCUAGGGAUUUACUCAUGUCAAUCACCUGCUUUUAUAUUUGUUGUUGUUUGUAAUAUUCUGAUAUACAUAUAUGUAAUCUUUUUUGUUCACUUCGAUUACUUAUUAUAUGCUGAGGAAGGAGUGUUAAUUUUAUCCUCAUAAAAACCCGAAGGGAAUGUGUUGUAUAUACUCGCAAUAUUGAUGGCUCUCAGACCUUAAUAUGAUAUAACUUGGUGUUGAAUUGAAA